CGACAUGAUGAGACGCCCAAAUAUCAUAACAAUUCAGCAUCUAAAAUGGAAGAAGCUACACAUGAGUUGAUGAUGAAGAAGGAGAGGCAAAGCCAACUCAAAGCUUUCGACGAGACGAAAGAAGGGGUAAAAGGGCUGGUGGACGCCGGCAUAACCAAACUCCCCUCCAUCUUCAUUAAUCCCGCACAACAAAUUACUCCUCACGAGAACCCCUCUCCGGCCGCCGCCGCCGCCAGAGAAGAAGACAUUAACAACAAUAUUCCGACCAUCGACCUGGAGGGCAUUCACGAGGACGAGGCGAAGCGGCGGCGGGCGGUGGAGGCGGCACGGGAAGCGUCGGGGACGUGGGGGUUCUUCAGGGUUACCCAUCAUGGGAUCCCGGACGGGGUGGUGGCGGCGGUCAUGGGCGGAGUGAGGGGUUUCUUCGAGCAGGAGACGGCGGCGAAGCGGGAAUGGUACACCAGGGAUUAUGCUAAGAACUUUGUGUACCACUCCAACUUUGACCUCUUCACUUCUUCCUUUGCUGAUUGGAGGGACACUUUCUACUCCGUCAUGGCUCCUAAUACUCCCGACCCUCAACAACUCCCUCCCGUUUGCAGGGACAUUCUUAUCACAUACUCGAAUGAAGUUCAAAAGUUGGGGCGUGUUUUGUUCGGACUACUGUCCGAGGCCUUGGGACUCCGUCCCAACUAUCUGGAGGACAUUGAGUGCAACAAGGGUUUAGCAUUGUUUGGGCAUUACUACCCAGCCUGCCCGGAACCACACCUAACUUUAGGCACCACCGAGCACGCCGACAACAACUUUCUCACGGUUUUGCUCCUAGACGAGAUCGAGGGCCUUCAGGUUCUUCACGACAACCGGUGGGUAAAUGUUCCCUAUGUCCCCGGAGCUCUCGUUGUCAACAUUGGCGAUCUUCUCCAGCUUGUGACGAAUGAUCGGUUCAAGAGCUCGAAACACAGAGUGGUGGCCAACAAGCGUGGCCCGAGGAUAUCAGUGGCAUGUUUCUUUAGCACAUACUUGUUGUCAUUGCCGCGACUAUAUGGACCGAUAAAGGAGCUGGUCUCCGAGGAGAAUCCACCAAAGUACAGGGAAAUCACAGUUAAGGAGUAUAUAUCACAUUUUGAAGCAAAGGGUCUUGAUGGAACUUUUGCCCUGCUGCAUUUCAGGCUCUAAAUUAAAUCUCGCAUCCCCGC